AAAUCUGGCAAGGGCACGCUGAGGCUGGCGUUCGACACGCGGGCGGCGAACGAGGGCUUCGAGCCGCCGCCCAAGACCACUUUACCUACGUCUGCAGCUUGGGCCGCUCUAGAGUCGGAGCACCCCGCAGUGGUGGCUCAGGGCGACAUCCAGCGCGCGUUCUACCACGUUGCCGCCAGGCAUGGAGAGGUGCUUCAUGCUUCCGACCAUCUAAUCGACUGCUGGGAGUCCAGGAGGCCGCUGGCCAGCGACUGCAUCCUGCAACCGAUGGUUCGCACGUUUCCCACGGGUUGGAGUUGGUCACUAUUCUUCUGCCAAGGCAUUCUAAGGAGGACCCUCGUCCAGAACGGUUUUAGUGAUGAGUGCCCGAUAGAGGAUGGUCGACCGAGUCCUGCGCUUCUAUCUCGGAGCUGCGCGGCUGCAGCUGGCUACGUCGACAACUUCGCAGUCGCGGGGGGCGACGCAGCCACUGUCGCCGAGAAGCGGGACAUGAUCACUCGCACUUUGGAGGAUUGGGGCUUGCCUGUGCACGCUAUCGAUGAGGCUUCGUCUGUUCCCAUGUUCACGGGUCUCGAGAUCAACGGUCACAUGGGCACCGCGAGGGCGAAGCCGACCAGCAUCUUGCGGCUUCGGCGGGCGAUUCUGGCGGUCUUGCGGCCAGGGGCUGCAUCGCCUCGCAUGCUCGAG